AUGCAUCACACCACCACACAAUGGGCUUGCCUUGAGUUCUGGAAGGCAACCAGGCAGACAACCACUCUGUCCCCACCCCUCAAAAGUAGCCACAGUGAGGCGUUCACCAUUGGAACUCAUAGGAACUGGAAGGGAAUUGGCAUCUCAUUGCUGGUUAUUGUAGUGGUUCUUUCACUCAUUGGACUGUCCAUUGUUCUUCUGUCAAAAGAUGAUGCUGGAAAAUCCUUUGGCUCAAAGUUGACACUUGAUGACCUCUUCCAAAGAAGCUUCCUCACACAUGAUCCUGAUGCAAAGUGGAUAAAUGAGGAGGACAUCAUAUUUCGAAGCUGGGAUGGUGAUGUUGUAAAAGUCAACACACACAGCAACAAGAUGGAGCGCUUGCUGAAAAAUACAACAUUUGCAACUUUUAAGGGCUCUGAGUUUGCAGUCUCCCCAGAUCUGAACUUUGUUCUUCUGGCAUAUGACAUCAAGCCGGUGUAUCAGCAUUCGUUCUUAGCUUCAUACUUGAUCUACAACCUGUACACAAGAGAAGUGCAUGAGCUGAAUCCACCUGAGGUGUCAGAUUCUGUUCUACAGUUUGCAUCAUGGGGCAGUUGUGGUCAGCAGCUGAUGUACAUAUUUGAAAACAACAUUUACUACAAAAUGGAUGUUCAGAGCAGCUCAUGGAGACUCACAUCUUCAGGACAAGAUGGGAACAUUUUUAACGGCAUCGCCGACUGGCUGUAUGAGGAAUUGGUGUUGGACACUCAGGUGGCUCACUGGUGGUCACCCAAUGGCUCCAGAUUGGCAUACCUCACCAUCAAUGACUCCUUGGUCCCUAACAUGUACCUUCCCCGCUUCACAGAAUCUCUUUACCCCAGAGGGAAGGAGUACCCUUACCCAAAGAUGGGUCAAAUCAAUCCCUCUGUCAGACUGUAUGUUGUCACUUUAGAUGGCAGCUCCCAAACCACUGAGCUGAGACCACCUGACAGCUUUGCAAAGAGCGUGUACUACAUCACCAUGGUGAAGUGGGUGACUGGGGAGAAGCUGACUGUGCGCUGGGUGAAUCGAGCUCAAAACAUGUCCGUGCUUUCCCUUUGUGAUGUCACCACAAACAGCUGCAUGCAGAAACAUGUGAUGACGUCAGAGAAGUGGCUUGAUCAUCAGACUGAGGAGCCAGUAUUUUCCAAGGACUGCACAGUUUUCUUCAUCACGAUGCCCUUAAAACAUGGUGGCCAUAGGACAUUCAACCACAUUGCUAUGAUCUCAAACCAAUUCCAAGAGAAAGAGAUCAGCGUUCAUCACCUUACUGCCGGAAGCUGGGAAGUCUAUCAAAUUCUGGCCUAUGACCAGAGAACAAAUGCAGUAUAUUUCCUGAGUACAGAGGAUGGCUCAACACAACGUCAGCUUUACAGGGUCUCCUCUGUGGAUCCAUUUCAUCGAGAAUGCCUCACCUGUUCCCUCUUCAAAAUGCGAUGUUCCUACUACGAUGCUGUCCUCAGUCCAGACUAUCAGCAGGUUCUUCUCCACUGCAGAGGUCCGGGAAUACCUCAAGUGACCCUUCACAAUCUAAGUGAUAUGAGCAGCCACAAGACACUGGAAGCAAACACAGUAUUAAAACAAGCUCUGGAAACCAGAACGAUACCCAAGAGGGAACGAAGAACUUUACAAAUCAAGAACAUUGGAUAUCAUCUGGAAUUAACGGUCCCAGAUAAUUUGGAUGAAACAAAGGAGCACCCACUCUUACUAAUUCUAGAGCGUGCCCCUGGUGGUCAGGCCGUAAAUGACCACUUCACCCUCAGCUGGGACUCUGUGCUGGUCAGCUCAAACAGUGUCAUUGUGGCUCGUGUCGAUGCUCGGGGCAGUGGCUUCAAGGGCCAGGAAAACCUCUAUGAAGUCCACCAGAGACUGGGAACAGUGGAGCUUCAGGACCUCAUCGUACUGCUGGAGCACCUGAUCAGCUUACCAUAUAUUGACGGUAACAAUGUUGGAGUUUAUGGAAAGGUGUAUGGAGGCUUCCUGAGCUCCCUCCUGCUCCUCUCACAUGGCUCUUUGUUCAGAUGUGGGAUUGCUGUAGCUCCUAUAACAGAUUGGAGGCUAUAUGGGUCUGCCUUCAGUGAAAAAUACUUUGGGAUUCAAGAAAAAAAGGAACACAAAUACCAAAUUUCCAGUUUUCUGAGGAACAUCACAGCAUCAAAUCAGGUGAACUUUCUGAUCAUCCACAGCACAGCAGAUGCAACUGUUCAUUUCCAGCAUUCUGCCGAGUUGGUCAAAUUUCUUUCGGCAUCAAAUGUCAGCUACACUCUCCAGAUUUUCCCAGAUGAAGGGCACAACUUUGCCUCUGUUAAGAGUCUGCGAUACAUGCUAAAUUCAGUGAUUGCGUUCUUUGAGCGCUGCUUUAAGGAUGUUGUUCCACUGAAAUCUAAGCGUGGUGACUGAGCCAACGAUACAGUUUUGUAAUUGCAAACAAGGACGUGUCAACCAA